CACAGGAACCCAUCAUCCUCCUACCGCUUCCGUCAGUUAUUGCGCGUCAUAUAGCACGAAAGUUCGCGUCGGCGGGCGGCUCAACAAUCGAUCAUGGUUCCUAAUCUCCCGUGUAUUAUUCCUUACGUGAUGGACAUAAUUUAAGAUAUAAGUGUGAGCGGGAUGCAGGACACCAGAGGGGCUAAUUAUGCCGUUGUCAUGAAAGUGGACUGAUCGAGGCACUUUUUUAAGGUGGCCAGAGAGAUGGAGAGUCCUUCUAAGAUUGAGAGGCGCCAUGCGUGGGCAAGCAGCCGCCGCAAGAUUACUGUAAGAGAUGCAGAACACCACAGCCCAAGAGCAAAACAUCAGCCUCAUCUCUCUCUCCAAGAUGACGUCUUUGCGGAUGGAUGCUCUGCUGGAAAGAUUGAAACCUGGCUUCAAGGUUGUGGGAAUGAAGCCACUCCUGCCAAAAGCAGGCACCUAACAAUAGGCUCUUUGAAGACAGGUCCCAGCUUUGAUGAUGAUCUGAGUUUGGGUGCAGAAGCUACUGCAUUAUAUGCUGCAUCAGGUGCACCACGGUUUAGCACACCUCAACAGAAGCUCAAUCUGCCAUUGUUCAGCAUGGGCCAGAGCGUUGCAUCCAGUGCUUUCUCAACCAACACCAAUAGGACUGUUUCCAGUGUGUCUGAGAUCCUCCAAAUGCGUGCUGAAGAUGCAGAAGAGACCCUUUUCCAAUUGGGUUUCGGAUGCGAGGAACCGCAGGUCACUGCCCGAAUCCCAGUCCGCUUUUUCAACUUCCCGUCCCACCUAAGAGGCAUCAACUUCCGCCUCUUCCUUGAAUCCCAGCUCUCCAGGAUACGCCAGGAAGACCCCUGUCUUUCAUUAGCAAGUCGUUUCCGACAAGUAGAGGCAUUGACGGCAAUGGCCAAUGCCUUCUAUUCGCUGUACUCCCAUGUUUCCCGAACGCCACUUCAGAAGCUUGCACCACCCCAGUUAACCUUCACCACCCCAUUUGUGGAGAGGACCAUGUCUCGAACCAGUGUCCGCAGUGAACCACGCUCCCCUGUUGAAAGACUAAAAGACACUAUCUCCAAGAUGUGCUUGUAUACAGGAUCACGUGGCUCAGACUCCUCGUCUCCAAGCAAUUCACCUCGCAAGCGCAAAUGCAGCUUGUCUGACGUAGUUGAGAAAAGUGCAGAAAAUGACAAUGAAGAGUUAUGUCUUCAAAUGGGAGUAGAUGAUUUGGAACAAGACUUGGAUUGGUUUAUAGAGAGCAAGAAAGAACUCAAGGAGGAGACAUAUGGGGAAAACACUGAAAGGACUGAUUCCUUCGACCAUAUACCUUGUCAGUCAUUAUAUGAGAUGACAAAUGAAAACCGACACAACUUAGGCAAUGCAUUAGCAGAGUGUACACCUUGCCUAGAUCCAAAACCGGAGAUGGACGUGAAGUCCAAAGGUUGUACCCUGCAUUCUGUUCUCUUGAAUAGCUCCAGUGUUACCAUGGGACCUGUUCCUAUCAUUGCCCAUGAUAUCAUAUGCCCUCAGGUUGUUGAAUAUGUGAAUCAGGCACCUUAUCGCUGCCUUCACACAAAUAGUAUGGAUAUCAAAAACUCGCCAUUUGCACACCAGACUACAUAUAAACCUUCUGUAAGACAAUCAAAUGCAAUUAAUUUACCAGAGUCAGAGUUAUGUCAGAUCACAAUCACUGGAUGGGAAGAAGACACUACCCUUUCUAACAGAGACAGACAGGAGCAGAGUUCAUCCAACAUCAAGAGGUUCCUAAGUCCAGCUAAACCACUAAAUCAAAGCAAACAAGGCAACUCCUUUGAGCUGGAAGAGGUUCACAGUGCAGAGGAAGAGGAAGCCACUUCAUCAGAAUUCUGCUCCACAGUCACGUUAGCGGUUUCGACGCAUCAACACAAAUCGUCGCCCCUGCGAGGGGACAGUUUUCAGUCGGAUAGCAGUGGAUAUGCUGAAGAGGAUGUGCACCAUUCCCUCUUAACUCCAGAGAAAACAUAACAUUAAAUCUCAGGCUAAUGAAGCACAAAGUGUGUCUACUACUAUCCUUGAAGUGAUCAUGAAAUGGUGUUUGCUAACCUAUCUUUCUAAGUGGACUUGUCCAUCAGGAAUGAACUUAUCUUUGGGAUAGCUUGCACGGAUAAGCCAUGCACAGUAAAGACCAGGAGCAUGUAUGAAUGUUGCUUGCAUGUUACUCUGUGAAAACCUACAGCCUAGAAUAAUGCAUAUAAUCUGGUUUUGAAAUCGUUGUAUUUGUUUUAAGCUUCUAAAUUUGUGCACUUUUUGGUUUUCUUGUUCAGAUGGAUGACCUGCUGUACACAUUGUCUUUAUUUGUAAUUCCACAAUGGUAAUAAAUAAUUUAUUUGAACUA